AUGAUGAUGAGAGUUUUUUUAGUUGUUAUGGUGUUCUUCCGUCUAUCGAAGAUACCCGAGAAACAUAUAAUGAAACGAUGGACAAGAGAUGCACGUGAUGUUCUCCCUGCAUAUUUGGUACGGUACCAAAGAGACAGAGGCCCUCCUUCUAGUGACACAUUCAGGCAUCACACAAUGUACAUGAAGGCCCUUGAAUGUGUGUUGCUUGGUGAUAGUAAUGUUAAGUGCUAUGAUGUUUUCAUGGCUAUGAUGAAGGAGGUGCAAGCCGCUCUGGUGCCGUUAAGCAGUGAUAAGGAUGGCAUGGGACUAGCAGAAAGGGAACAACAAAAUCAGCUGCUUGUUCAGAACGAGCAAGAGACACUUGAGUUGCAAGGCUGUGCGACAAGGUCUCAGUGUGAUGGUGAAUCAAGUUGUUCAGUGAUUGUAGGACAACAGAAAAAAUGGCCGAGGGGUAGACCUACAACAAGCCGUGACAAAGCUAUGUAUGAAGAACAUUUGAAGAGAUUGCGGUUCUGCACGAUCUGCAAGAGUCAGGGCCACAAAUGCACAACUUGCCCAGAGAGAGGCGAUGUGCCCAAGGCGCCAAGGAAAUUGCCAAAGUGUUCAAAUUGUGGUGUGCUUGGACACAAGCGUAAUGCUUGUGGCACCAAGAAAUCUGGACCGUUCGAGCCUAAUUUUCUGUAA